AUGAGAGGUGUAACAACCCAGGAAAUUGUUUCUGACAUCAGAUUGAGAGGAAAACCUGCAAAUGUAGUUUUGAAACUUGAUAUGACUAAGUCCUAUGAUAGAGUAUCAUGGUUAUUUUUAACUAAGGUACUCAGGAAGAUGGGGUUUGCAGAAAGGAGUGUGGACUUAGUACGGAGAUUGUUGGCUAAUAACUGGUAUUUAGUGCUAGUUAAUGGUAAACCUCAUGGCUUCUUUCACUCAACUAGGGGUGUCAAGCAGGAUGACCCAUUGUCACCUGCUUUGUUCAUUUUAUCAGCAGAGAAUAUUGUACAAGGGGUGGCAACAACUACAGGAUUUUCAAGAGGUUUAUUUCCUUUUGGGUACUUAGGAUGCCCAAUUUCUCAUGGGAUGAAGACGAAAACAGAUUAUUUUGAACUUAUUAAAAAGUUGAAGGAUAAACGGCAAGCUUGGAAAGGGAGGUUGCUAUCACCUGGAGGAAAGGCUGUGCUGAUAUCAAGUGUACUUCAAAGUGUUCCUAUACAUUUAUUAUCUGCAUUGAAAUCUCCAAAAUGUGUUAUCAAGGAAAUACAUCAGAUUUUUGCAAAAUUGUUUUGGAGUAAUAAGGAAGAUGUCAAAUCUAGGCAUUGGGCUGCAUGGCUUAAUAUGUAUUUGCCUAAGGAUGAGGGUGGUUUGGGCUUCAGAUCUUUGUUUGAUGUAUCAAAGGCAUUAUAUGCUAAAUUAUGGCGGAAUUUUUGA